CCUACGCUUUCACUUUAUUUCAGGUCUCUCAGGGAAGUGGGUGCGCUUCUCUCUGCCUCAUUUGAGCUACUUUUAACCUACAAAAGGUGACAAAGAAGAGAAACAUGAAGCUUCUCCUGUGUCUAGCAGCUCUGGUGGCUGUGUCCUACUCACAGAACGUCAAAUACUCUCCACCCAAGGUUCAGGUCUACAGCAGUAAGCCAGGAGAGUUCGGGAAAGAAAAUACGCUGAUUUGCCAUGUGAAUGAUUUCCACCCCCCUGACAUCAACAUCCAGCUGCUAAAGGAUGGAGUGGAAAUCCCGAAUGCCACGCUGACUGACCUAGCCUUCGAAACAGGCUGGCACUUCCAUCUGACCAGGAGUGUGGCCUUCACACCCCAGAAGGAACAAAAAUACAGCUGCAGGGUCACUCAUGGAACGACCACAAAGGAUUAUGCCUGGGAGUCAAACAUGUAAAUCAACCGGCUUCAGCUACAGCGGGGUUUUUCUUCACAUCUCCAAUCAACAGCAUCACAUUUUCUCCCGACUUUCAUCAGAACCAUAUCAAGGGGACUUUUCACCGACGAUUUUAAUAUGAAAGAAUGCAUGGGCUGCAUCUUAUUUCGUCAUUUUUGUGCUGCAGUUGCUUAGAAUACUUGCAACAAAUGUAUGUGUUUUCCAGUCUUUGAUACUGAAAGGUGUGUGUAUAAAAAUUAGCUGAUAAAAUGCUUCUGUUUAUUAAACCAAUAAUAUGUGUGUCUGUAUACAAACUGUUGUUUGUUAAGUUUGACUUAAACUGUUUCCUGAAUGAGGAGAAUAGUGGUAAUCGGUCAGAUUAAUUGUAUAUGAAAGGGGUGUUCUUCUUGGAAUAGACAGAUUUGAUUUGCUGUUAAAGGUUUUUUCAAUGUCCUCUCUUAAAUAAAAGUUUCUGAAAAUUC